CGCCCCGCAGCAAGAGCAACUCGGAUUGGCUAAGCUGCGUCCAAUGUGCAGCCUCGGCCCUGCGAGGGGGCGUGCCCGGCGAGGAUCCCGCCAAUGCGCGGGGCGAUCCCGCGUCAGGGUGGGGCGUCGGGAGCGCGGCCGUCGGGGGCGGAGCUUCGAGGCGAAGUACUGGUUGUCGGGAGGCGGCUGUCCGAAGCGCCGACGUCGAGGGCGGGGUUUCGGGGGAGUGACGGGAAUCGUGGGCGGGGCCUCGGGGCGGAGGGACGGGAGCGCGGGCGUCGGGAACGCGCGGUCCCGGCCGGCUAUUAUCUGGGGGCCACCCUCUGGGCUUGGGGUCUGCAGCUGAUGGAGCAGCAUUCCCAGUCCACCAUGCUGGUGGGGGUUGCCUUUGGAGUUCUUCUGGCCCUGGCCCUCAUUGGCAUCACCACCUUCUUUGUGUACAGAAAGUUCAGCCAACUUGGACACGCGCAGCCCGCUCCGCAGUACAGGUUCCGGAAGCGGGACAAAGUGAUGUUCUAUGGCAGGAAGAUCAUGAGGAAGGUGACCACACUCCCCAAUACCCUCGUGGGGAACACGGCCGCCCCCCGGCAGCGGGUGAGGAAGAGGACCAAGGUGCUGUCUUUGGCCAAGAGGAUUCUGCGUUUCAAGAAGGAAUACCCAACCCUGCAGCCAAAGGAGCCGCCGCCCUCCCUGCUGGAGGCCGACCUCACGGAGUUUGAUGUGAAGAAUUCCCACCUGCCCUCAGAAGUUCUUUACAUGCUGAAAAACGUUCGGGUCCUGGGGCACUUUGAGAAGCCGCUGUUCCUGGAACUCUGCAAGCACAUGGUCUUCGUGCAGCUUCUGGAAGGGGAGCAUGUCUUCCGGCCAGGGGAGCCGGACACCAGCAUCUAUGUGGUGCAGGACGGGCGGCUGGAAGUCUGCAUCCAGGAUGCGGACGGCACCGAGCUGGUGGUCAAAGAGGUCCUGGCCGGAGACAGCGUCCACAGUCUCCUCAGCAUCCUGGACGUCAUCACUGGCCACACGGCACCUUACAAAACAGUGUCUGCCCGUGCUGCCGUCCCAUCCACCGUCCUCCGGCUCCCAGCUAUGGCUUUUCAAGGAGUGUUUGAGAAAUAUCCUGAAACCCUGGUGAGAGUGGUGCAGAUCAUCAUGGUGCGGCUGCAGAGGGUCACCUUUCUGGCUCUGCACAACUACCUGGGCCUGACCACGGAGCUCUUCAACCCGGAGAGCCAGGCCAUCCCCCUCGUGUCCAUAGCCAGCGUGGCUGCCGGGAAGGCCAGGAGACAGCCGUGCUGCAGCGCUGAGGAGCGGCCCCUGCGGCCCCUGGAGCCCGGCGACCCAGCAGAUCGUGGUGGCAGCCGUGCCAUGGCCUCUGGGCCUGUGCUGAAGAGGAGCCACUCCUCCCCUCUGCCUUCUGUCCACAAAGACACCCUGGAUGAGCGAGGCAAGGCCCAGGAAGGUGACAGGGCCCCUUUGGCUCCACCAGGAGCCACAGCAGGUGCCACCUCAGACCAGAGGACAGCACGUGACUGCACCAGGGUCUCCCAACCUUCAGAGGAGCGCCCCGGGAGUGCCCUGGCCAGCAAGUCCAAGAAGAGCGUGGUCCUGGCAGAGACCCCUCCUGCGGUCUUCCACUUGCCGGACAGCGACUCGGAGGACACCAUCCCCAGCAGGAAGACUGACGCCAUCCUCGGCGCUGCCAAGAAGGACCUGCUCACCCUGAUGAAGCUGGAUGACCCGUCGCUGUUGGAUAACCGGGUGACACUUCUGCACGUCCCAGGGGGCACGGUGGUGUCGAGGCAGGGAGACCAGGACGUGAACAUCCUCUUCGUGGUCUCGGGGCUGCUGCACGUGUACCAGCGGAAGAUCGACAGCGAGGAGGACACGUGCCUGUUUGUCACGCGCCCCGGCGAGAUGGUGGGCCAGCUGGCCGUGCUCACGGGCGAGCCCCUCAUCUUCACCAUCAGGGCCAACCGGGACUGCAGCUUCCUCUCCAUCUCCAAGGCGCACUUCUACGACAUCAUGCGGAGGCAGCCGGCCGUGGUCCUGAGCGUGGCGCACUCGGUGGUGAAGCGGGUGUCCUCCUUCGUGCGGCAGAUCGACUUUGCCUUGGACUGGAUGGAGGUGGAGGCCGGGCGCGCCAUAUACAGGCAGGGGGACACGUCUGACUGCACUUACAUCGUGCUCAGCGGCCGCCUGCGCGCCGUCAUCCGGAAGGACGACGGCAAGAAGCGCCUGGCGGGGGAGUACGGCCGCGGAGACCUCAUCGGCGUGGUGGAGGCACUCACCCACCAGGCCAGGGCGACCACGGUGCAUGCGGUUCGAGACUCAGAGCUGGCCAAGCUUCCUGCAGGGGCCCUGACGUCCAUCAAGCGCAGGUACCCCCAGGUUGUGACCCGGCUGAUUCAUCUCUUGGGCGAGAAGAUCCUGGGCAGCCUCCAGCAAGGAAGUGCCACAGGUCACCAGUUUGGACUACAUGCUGUGGGCAGCAAGUGGGACUCGGGGAACCCCGCCAGCAACCUCUCCACGGUGGCCGUCAUGCCCGCGUCGGAGGACGUGCCCCUCACCGCCUUCGCCCUGGAGCUCAAGCACGCCCUCAGCGCCAUCGGCCCCAUCCUGCUGCUCACCAGUGACAACAUAAAACAGCGCCUUGGCACUGCUGCUCUGGACAGUCUCCACGAGUACCGGCUGUCCAGCUGGCUGGGGCAGCAGGAGGACGUCCACCGCAUCGUGCUCUACCAGGCGGACAGCACGCUCACGCCCUGGACCCAGCGCUGCAUCCGGCAGGCCGACUGCAUCCUCAUCGUGGGCCUGGGUGAGCAGGAGCCCACGGUGGGUGAGCUGGAGCGGAUGCUGGAGCGCUCCGCUGUGCGCGCUCAGAAGCAGCUGGUCCUGCUGCACCGGGAGGACGGGCCGGCGCCGGCCCGCACCGUGGACUGGCUCAACAUGCGCAGCUGGUGCUCCGGCCACCUGCACCUCUGCUGCCCCCGCCGCAUCUUCUCCCGGAGGAGCCUGCCCAAGCUGGUGGAGCUGUACGAGCGGGUCUGCCAGAGGCCCCCAGACCGGCACUCGGACUUCUCCCGCUUGGCACGGGUGCUGACUGGCAACGCCAUCGCCUUGGUGCUUGGGGGAGGGGGAGCAAGAGGCUGUGCCCAGGUGGGCAUCAUCCGGGCCCUGGCGGAGAGCGGCAUCCCCGUGGACAUGGUCGGAGGGACGUCCAUCGGGGCCUUCAUGGGCGCCCUGUACGCCGAGGAGCGGAACUACAGCCAGAUGCGGAUCCGGGCCAAGCAGUGGGCUGAGGGCAUGACAUCGAUGGUAAAGACCGUGCUGGACCUGACCUACCCCGUCACCUCCGUGUUCUCCGGGGCCGGCUUCAACAGCGGCAUCUACAGCGUCUUCAAGGACCGGCAGAUCGAGGACCUGUGGAUCCCCGCCUUCGCCAUCACUACGGACAUCUCUGCCUCCGCCAUGCGGGUCCACACGGAUGGCUCCCUCUGGAGGUACGUGCGUGCCAGCAUGUCGCUGUCGGGCUACAUGCCCCCUCUCUGCGACCCCAAAGACGGACACCUGCUGAUGGACGGGGGCUACAUCAACAACCUCCCAGCGGAUGUGGCCAGGUCAAUGGGGGCAAAGGUGGUGAUUGCCAUCGACGUGGGCAGCCAGGAUGAGACGGACCUCACCAACUACGGGGACGCGCUCUCUGGAUGGUGGCUGCUGUGGAAGCGCUGGAAUCCCUUGGCCACAAAAGUCAAGGUGCUGAACAUGGCGGAGAUCCAGACGCGCCUGGCCUACGUGUGCUGCGUCCGGCAGCUGGAGAUGGUGAGGAACAGUGACUACUGCGAGUACCUGCGCCCCCCCAUCGACAACUACGGCACCCUGGACUUCGGCAAGUUCGACGAGAUCUGCGAGGUGGGGUACCAGCACGGCCGGACGGUGUUUGACAUCUGGGGUCGAAGUGGUGUGCUGGAGAAGAUGCUGCAGGACCGGCAGGGGACGAGCAAGAUGAAGGCCGGUGAUGUCCUCACCUGCCCCAAUGCCUCCUUCACGGACCUUGCCGAGAUUGUGUCACGUAUUGAGCCUGCCAAGGUGGCCGCAGUGGACGACGAGUCCGACUACCAGACAGAGUACGAGGAGGAGCUGCUAGAUGGCCCCAGGGACGCAUACGCUGACUUCCAAAGUGCGCCUGCCGACGCCGACCCGGGCUCCACCUCGGAGGACGAGAUCUCGACUCGGCAUCGGCACUCCAGUCUGGCUCCCCCGCAGACAUCCCAGGACUCCUCAUCCCCCUGGCUUGCUGACCAAGAUGGGUCGAGGUCUCCGCUCUGAUGGCCCUGAAGCCAGCAGCCUGCGGGUGGGUCUCCAAGGCCCAGAUCCUGCAGUCCUGCCAGGGAGACCCGGGGCAGCCCAAGCCCCCCCCCUCCCCGAGUACGCCCAGCUUCUGCUCUGCUAGGAGCCCAGGCCUGAGCUGGUGUGUCUGGGGCCUCUCUGCACCAGCCCCCCCAGUGGAGCCCUGGGUCCUGGCAUCCCCUGCACACACAUCGGUCCUGGGGGGCCAUGCCAGCCCCUGCAGCCCCCCUCAGGCCUCUGAGACCCCUCUGAUGGCCCCCAUGCUCUGCUUAGCCUGUCAAUAAAGGUAGAUCUGAUUGUG